AACAGCAAUCCGCGUGAGUUUUUGUUGUUGGCAAGACAACUAAAAGUUGUCUGUAAUUUUUAAAAAACUAAAAUUGUAAACUGCGAUCAUUUGGUUCUUGCUUUAGAUUCAUUUGGAAAUAAAGUCCAAAACAAACGAACGGAUUAUUGUAAGGCCCAGUGAAAAAUGAAAAUCGAGGAGGUAAAAAGCACUGUGCGCACUCAACGCAUUGCCGCACACAGCCAUGUGAAAGGCUUGGGUCUGGAUGAUACUGGCGGGGCUAUUCAAAGCGCCGCUGGAUUGGUUGGUCAAAAGGCAGCACGCGAGGCGGCUGGCAUAGUAGUCGACUUAAUCAAAUCAAAGAAAAUGGCUGGACGUGCUCUUUUACUUGCUGGUCCACCUGGCACUGGCAAGACGGCAAUUGCUCUGGCUAUAGCUCAGGAGCUAGGCAAUAAGGUACCCUUCUGUCCAAUGGUGGGCUCGGAAGUUUUCAGUAACGAAAUAAAGAAGACAGAAGUGCUUAUGGAGAACUUCCGUCGCUCGAUUGGCCUACGGAUCAGAGAGACCAAGGAAGUGUACGAAGGCGAAGUAACUGAGCUGACUCCAGUGGAGACCGAAAAUCCCAUGGGAGGUUAUGGCAAGACCAUUAGCAAUGUAGUCAUUGGCCUUAAGACCGCCAAAGGAACAAAACAAUUGAAACUGGAUCCGAGCAUAUUUGACGCUCUACAAAAGGAGAAGGUUGAGGUCGGCGAUGUUAUUUAUAUUGAGGCAAAUAGUGGAGCAGUAAAACGUCAGGGACGCAGCGAUGUCUUUGCUACUGAAUUUGAUUUGGAGACGGAGGAAUAUGUACCGCUACCCAAAGGCGAUGUCCAUAAGAAGAAGGAGGUUAUCCAGGACGUCACUCUACAUGAUCUAGAUGUGGCCAAUGCUAGACCACAGGGUGGCCAAGAUGUGCUUUCCAUGAUGGGCCAACUAAUGAAGCCCAAGAAGACCGAAAUAACAGACAAACUUCGCAUGGAAAUCAACAAAGUAGUCAAUAAAUAUAUUGAUCAGGGCAUAGCGGAAUUGGUGCCAGGAGUUCUCUUUAUCGAUGAGAUUCACAUGUUGGACUUGGAGACAUUCACAUAUUUGCACAAGUCUCUAGAGUCGCCUAUUGCGCCAAUUGUAAUCUUUGCCACCAACCGUGGUCGCUGCGUUAUCCGUGGCACUACUGAUAUAAUCUCACCGCAUGGCAUUCCUUUGGAUUUACUUGACCGUUUGCUUAUAAUACGUACCUUGCUUUAUUCCACCUCGGACAUGGAGCAGAUUAUUAAAUUGCGUGCCCAAACUGAGGGAUUGCAGCUAGAGGAUUCGGCAUUUGCGCGUCUUAGUGAGAUAGGAACAAAUUCCACUUUGCGCUAUGCCGUUCAGCUCUUAACGCCAGCUCAUCAGAUGUGUAAGGUGAACGGACGCAAUCAAAUAACAAAGGAUGACAUCGAGGAUGUCCAUUCGCUCUUCUUGGAUGCCAAGCGUUCGUCAAAACAUUUGUCUGAGAAGAACAAUAAGUUUAUGAUGUAAGAAAGGAGACGCUUUAAUUCUAUAUUAAAACAUCUGGGUUUACGACUACAUUGCAUACAUUUUUCGAAAAGGUUUUUCUUAAGAAAAAUUUGCUUCACUAUUACCAAAAUUUGAUUUUGUUUUUUUCCAAUAAAUAACUUUUUCCCGUGUA